AUGGCUGAUCAGCUCACGGAAGAACAAAUCGCAGAAUUCAAAGAGGCCUUCUCCCUCUUCGACAAGGACGGCGAUGGCACCAUCACCACCAAAGAAUUGGGAACAGUCAUGCGAUCCCUUGGACAGAACCCAACAGAAGCUGAACUCCAGGAUAUGAUCAACGAAGUCGACGCUGAUGGAAAUGGGACUAUCGAUUUUCCUGAAUUUUUAACUAUGAUGGCCCGAAAAAUGAAAGACACAGACUCAGAGGAGGAAAUUCGGGAAGCAUUUAGAGUAUUUGACAAGGACGGAAACGGCUACAUCUCCGCGGCCGAGCUGCGCCACGUGAUGACCAACCUCGGCGAGAAGCUGACGGACGAGGAAGUCGACGAGAUGAUCAGAGAAGCAGACAUCGACGGCGACGGACAAGUCAAUUACGAGGAAUUCGUCGCGAUGAUGACCAGUAAAUAA